GGCAAUGACCAUAAAACAGAAAAGAAAAGAAAAAGAAAUUGAUGAGAGUGUAAUAAUAUUCACAAAAUUGAGCGAGAGAGUUAGUUGGUGUAGAUGACCCCUUUUUCUUCGGUGUGUCGAGAAAGACCAGCAGAGUAGAGAAGAUAAUAGAAAGAAAGAAAAAAAAAUAGAAUAGAAAAGAAAAGGAAAGCGUAUUCAGUUUUGAGGUCACUCACUCCCACCGAUGACUGAUCAUCAUUAACACCUUUUUCUUUCUUCAAUUAUCCCAAACCUCUUCUUCUUCUUCUUCUUUCCCUAUCACAAAAACGCGUCAACAAAACACAAAAACCCUAUUAUCACCACACACUUCCUUUCUUGGAUCUGUAGAUCUAACGCUGUUGCAUCACAUAACCGUUCCUCUGCAACCUAGUGCUGUUUUCACUGAAAUUCAACGCUUGAAUUUCUUGGAUUUUAGUGUUUGGACUUUGAUUUGAAAUUGAUUGGUAACAAUAGAAUAUGUGUGUUUAUUAUUAGUUAUUUAGUUAUAUAAUACUAAUAGGUGAGGGAGGGUUUGUGGGGGGAGGGGUUGGAGCAUCCAUUUGUGGAUGUGAAGGAAUAGGAGGUUGUUUUGGGGUGAAAUGAGGGAUGCUAUCAAGGUUGAUGGACUUUCUGACUGCCUGCUGGCGGCGAAGAGGAUCCUCCUCCGACGGCAAGGGUUCCGAGGUUUCCGGGCGGAAGGAAGGGCUGCUGUGGUACAAGGAUACCGGGCAGCACUUGUUUGGUGAAUACUCAAUGGCUGUUGUCCAGGCCAACAACUUGCUCGAGGAUCAGAGCCAGAUUGAGUCUGGUCCUCUCAGCUUGCUUGACACUGGCCCUUAUGGGACCUUUGUUGGUGUGUAUGAUGGACACGGUGGGCCUGAGACGUCGCGCUACGUCUGUGAUCAUCUCUUCCAACAUCUAAAACGAUUUGCAUCUGAGCAGAAGUCCAUGUCUAUGGAGGUUAUUCGGAAGGCAUACCAAGCCACAGAAGAAGGUUUUUUGUCAGUGGUUACCAAACAGUGGCCCAUGAAUCCCCAAAUUGCUGCUGUGGGAUCUUGUUGUUUGGUUGGUGUGAUUUGUGGUGGUAUCCUCUAUAUUGCUAACCUUGGUGAUUCCCGUGCUGUGCUUGGCCGGGUGGUCAGAGCAACUGGGGAGGUUUUGGCGAUCCAGCUUUCGUCAGAGCAUAAUGUGGCCAUAGAAUCUGUGAGACAAGAGAUGCAUUCUUUGCAUCCGGAUGACUCAAAAAUUGUGGUUCUAAAGCACAAUGUAUGGCGGGUGAAGGGUCUGAUACAGAUUUCUAGAUCCAUUGGCGAUGUAUACCUAAAAAAGGCUGAAUUUAACAAGGAACCGUUGUAUGCUAAGUUUCGUGUGCGGGAAGGUUUUAAGAGGCCCAUUUUGAGCUCUGACCCAUCAAUUUCUGUCCAUGAACUUCAACAGCAUGAUCAAUUUCUCAUAUUUGCUUCUGAUGGUCUUUGGGAACACCUUAGCAAUCAGGAUGCCGUUGAUAUAGUUCAAAACAACCCACACAAUGGAAUUGCUCGGAGGCUCAUCAAAGCUGCGUUGCAAGAAGCAGCAAAAAAGAGAGAGAUGAGGUACUCUGAUUUGAAGAAAAUUGACCGUGGUGUCCGCCGGCAUUUCCAUGAUGACAUCACAGUUGUAGUUGUAUUUCUUGACUCCAAUCUUGUCAGCAGAGCCAGCUCAGUAAGAGGUCCUCCUUUAUCGGUGAGAGGAGGUGGUGUUCCCCUACCUUCUAGAACUUUGGCUCCCUGUGCUGCACCUAUGGAAACUUAGUUCAGGUUGAUGAAGCUGGCUGUAUGAUCUGUUAUGCUUCUAUUUAGUGUUGUACCCUUAGCAGACAUUGAGCUCUGGUGAUCCACCAGAUUGUAUAUCCAAUUUAACAGAGAUUGAAAAAAUGUUCGUUCAAUUAGUACAAUGUAACAAGUGACUUGGGGUAUGUAGCUUGCGUGAGUAAAGCAUCAUGGAAGUAGAGUACCAAAGCCAAAGGUGACCUUUAAUAUUUCAUCAUUAAGAGGGAAUCAUGUUUGCAUUGCAUCUCAUAUUUUUCUCGUCCAGUGGAGUGAUUUCUGUAAGUUUUUCGUACACUCCUUUGAAUGCACAGUUAGUUUGUUGCACGCAAUAGGAAAACUAUAUAGAUAAGUAUCCAAA